GUUCCGGUUCGGUGAUUUUCUGUUGGAAAUCUAAGCUCUGCUUUGUGUUAGCCGUCGGCGAGCAGCUUACUUACAGCCAGAGUCCUGGAGCCCGGAUUCUCUACCAUCUAAUCAUGACGCUAAGAUAAUUCAGCCUUUUCUAUAAAUCUGAGCAGACUCGUAGAGGUUUCAUUAAGUUCUAAAAGGUGUUGAUUAGUCCGCAUGUCUCCAGAGGGUGGAACAAAGGCGUCCUGCCGAGGAAGACGUCUGUCCUCUGGGGGUUAAGUCUGUGAGACGGACAGGGGGCGAUUCCACACCCGGACCACCAGAGCUCAGACAGGAAAAGGAAGGAACACCUAUUUCAGGUCAAGGGAUGGUAGCUGAGGAACCAGUUGCUAUGGAGACCUGGUCCAAUGAGGACGAGCUGGGACGACUAGACAUUGACCUGGACAGGAAGUCCAAACAGCACAACCUGACGUCCAGCAACGUGCGCGCAAUCCUGCAUGAGGUGAUAACUCACGAGCGGGUGGUGGCCAUGAUGAAAGCAGCCAUCAGGGACACUCAGGACCUCCCCAUGUUUGAGCCCAAGAUGACCCGGUCCAGAGUGAAACAGGCAGCUCAUUGCGGAAAGCCUGGAAACUGGAGACUGUCCCCAGUGAUGAAGCCUCCACAGUUUGUCGACAUCCAGCUGGAAGAAGAUGAAGACUCAUCUGAUGAAGAAUAUUGUCCUGAUGAGGAAGAGGAGGAUGAGGAAGAGGAGGAAGAGAGUUCUGCAGAGCACCUGAGGGAACAGGUGACAAAUUUCACCUGUGCCCUACCUGCUGAAAGCUCCUUCAUGGAGAGGCUGACUGCUGUGGAGGAGGAGCUGGACAGCAGCCUCACCCACACCUAUGAUCAGUCUUUGGACAGAAAAACUGACGAUGGUGGUGGUAAUGAUGACAGCUUCAGCUGUUUAGCGUACCGCACACGCUCUAAACGUCCUCUGAUUAACAUCCCUCUGGAUCAACUGGAGGCAGAGCUUCUGGCACCUGAUAUCACAGCUGACAUGUAUGAGCAAAGCUCUACCCACAAGGAGGAGGACCGACAUUGGACGAAAUGGCUUCAGGGUCUCAUGGCACCCAAUUGUGAAGAUGAAGCUGAAGAUGAAGAUGACCCUGAAUACAAUUUCCGGGAGGACCUGGAUGAACCGGAUCUGGAGGACUACAGGACUGACCGGGCGGUCCAGAUCACCAAGAAGGAAGUGAACGAGCUGCUGGAGGAACUUUUUGAUACGCUCCAGGAUGAAGAUGUGGCUGCAGAGGAUGAGGAGCGGGAAGAAGAGGAAGCUCCAUUGCAGAAUGCUCCUAAAUUUAAUGUUCCUCAGGCUUUACGUUUCGAGGCACCAUUAGCCAGCAUGCUAACGGAGCGACGGCAGAUUGUGAGGAAACAGUACGAAGCUCUGCAGCAGAGGAGAGCACUGCACGACACAAUCAACCAUCAAAACCCAAACCUGAUGGACCCAGCUGUCACUGUCGUGGUGCUGCCGAGUCGGUUCUCUCCUGCCCUCCACCUGGGCCACGCCCAGAAGCAGCAGCUGCAGCAGCAGCUGCAGCAGCAUGUCCAGCUGCUGACUCAGGUUCACCUGCUGAGUCGCCGGAUCCAUGCCCUAAACCACGAAGCCGACAUCACCAAACAGUACCUGGAGGAGCUUCAGCAGCUUGCCUGUCAUCAGGAGGUGGUGUGUCUCCACAGCAGUUUCAGAGUCUGUAACCUGCAGGGGGCGCUGGAUCUCCUGCAGGAGGUGGAGAAGAGGGAGGAGUUCCCAGCUGCUCCUCCUGUUCCUGCAGCUUUCAGACGCCUACUCCCCGACAUGACUCCUGCUACCAGCAGCCACGCCUUCCCACUGCUGCCUCCAGAUGCUGCCUGGCUAUUUGCUACGCGACCCAUCUUCCUCUACCCAGCACUACUUCCUGUCUGCAGCCUGGACCCUGCACUCCACAGCCCUCAUCACCGGAGGGUCUAUACAGCAGGAGAGGAUGGGUUGAUCGUUCUGGGUCUAAAACACUUUGAGGGGGCGGUUCAAUCAGAUCAGCUGAUCAGCUCUUAUCUGCUCUGUAAGAGUCGCUGGAACUUCAGGAAACACGUCCGAGAGAUGAGCAGUCCAAGAGCGCCACCAAACAACAUCAUAAAGAUGUUCCUGAUGCAGGGAGUCAUCCCCCUGCUGCCAAGCACCUGCAGCAGAGUUCAGCCUGAAGAUUGGCGCCCUCCGGUGGACAAACAUGAUUUCAACAUGCCAAACUGGCUCAAGAACAGUCAGCUGAUCAUCCAGAAGACUCGACUAGAUGGCAUUACUUAUCCUUCCUCCCUCCCUCCUGGCUGUAUCCUCAGGCUCCAUCCGUACUAUGUCAAUAAAUCCCGCCCACCUCGACGCACCCAUCAGCGCUUCUUCUCCCUGGCCCAUAAUGCAUCGCUGCUUCCCCUGGCCAAAGCCCCAGCUGACAGACCGGUGGACCUGCAACUGGUCAGCCACCUUACUCCAGCACCAGGUGUCCCAUUAGCAUCAGGAGCUCUCCCAUUGGCUGCAGUUUAUCGAGGUCCUGCCCACCCCAUGAGUGCUGAUAUUAUUGGACAAACUGGGCAGGAACACCCCCCAUCCCUCCCUGUACUCAUGCCCCUCCACUCCCUGUCCAGCCCAAACAUCACUACUCCCAGAAUUCCUUGUUCAGCUGCCUCAGACAAGUCAGGCUACUUCCUCUUCCAGGUGGUGUUGACACCACCAGCUCCCACCAACACCUCUCAGGAUGCACUGGGUCUCAAAUUACACCGAUCAAUCAAAGAGGAGCAGGAGGAGGAAGAGAAGCAGGAGGAUAUAGUCACUGAAUUGCAACUUACAACCGAGGAGAUGAAGAUGGAGGUGAGACAAAUGGAGGAGGACAACACUGCCUCUGCAUCAAUAGUAAGUCCAGUUUCAUCCUCCACGGGAGGUGAGGAGGAGAAGAGAAAGGAGGAGUGUUCAGUGUUGGCUGUAAGCCUGAAUGGAGGAGAAAACACAGAUGGACAAAAUCAAGAGAGAAGAGAGGAAAGUGGAGGAGGUGAUGGGGAGGAUGAGGCAGUAGGAGGAGAACAGGGAGGAGAGAGGGAGGAAGAGGACUGUGGAGAGAGGGAUGAUGCGGGAGGAGACAAUAAGGAAGAUGGCGACAAAGAUAAAGAUGAAGACCAAGACCGUCAGGGUGAUGAGGAGGAGGAGGAGGAGGAGGAGGAGGAGGAAGACUUUGAUGAUCUCACACAGGACGAAGAUGAGGAGGAAGUGAUGUCAUCAGCAUCAGAAGAGUCGGUGCUCUCAGUUCCAGAGUUACAGGAGACCAUGAAGCAGCUGACAUGGCUGGCUGCAGAGCGGCGACUCUGUGCAGACGGAGACUCGGAGGAGGAGCAUUCUCCCAUCUCCGCUGGCUCUCAGGAAGAGGAGGAAGAGGAGGAGGAGGAGGGACCGAAGGGUGAGGUUUUCGGGGAUGAGAGGAGUGGUAAGGUGGUCUUAGACGAGGAGAUGCCCUCUGGGGCAGGGACACCCAGAGGAGGAGGACGAUGUCCCAGGCGAGGACGAGGUCGUAGUCGUCCUCAUCGUGGUCUGAGGAGGAAUCGCCAGGACCGUCUCAGUAAAGAUGCUGCCAAACUGCUGCUGCUGUAUGACGAGAACAUCCUGGACAAUGACCCGCUCAGAGACAGCAAAGACAUGGCAUUCGCUCAGACUUACCUGAAUAGGGUUCGAGAGGCACUACAGGAUACACCUGGACAGGUGGAAGAGUUCGUGUCUGUACUGAACAGAUUUGAACAGGUGGGAGAAGGACAGGAAGUGACCAUACUGUUCAGAAAGCUGUGCUGCAUCCUAGGAAACCGAACGGACCUCCUCCGGGACUUUGCAGCAUUUUUGCAUCCUGAGCAGGCGCUACAAUGUGGACUGUUUGAGGAACAGCAGGCAUAUGAGCGCAGCCGCCGGUUUCUGCGACAAUUGGAGAUCAGUUUUGGAGACAAUCUGUCACAUUACCAGAAGAUAAUCAAAGCUCUGCAGACUGGCCCAGACCUGACUCCAGCCAGCAUCCAAGAGCUGAAAGCUCAGAUGGCCACACUGUUGAAAGGCCACACCCAUCUGCAAGCUGAAUUCUGGUUUUUUUUUGAUGAGCUCCGCCCACCACCAGCCCGCCCAGGACAGUUUGAAGAAGCCCAUUGGCCAGAGGAACCAGAAGGUGGAGAAGGCAAUGGUCAGGUGUUGGGGGGCGGGACCAGUGGAGGCUUUGAGGAAGUGACACUGCCAGAGCUUGAAGAGGAAGAGGAGGGGCAUAAGAUCCAACCAAUACCAAGCCGGCGUCCAAAGAGGAAGCUGGACUCCCACAGAAACUACAAGGACUGUGAUUGGUUGGAUAAAGACUGGACAUGUCUCUGUGACAAUGCAAAGAUUCGCAGACACAGGAGGAAAAGUUGUUCUCGAUGCCAUGGCAACCAGACCUCAACAGGUGUGUCCAGAGCCAUGAAAAGUCUUGACACACUGUAUUCGCAGAUUAGCCCAGUCCAUGAUGACUCUGUUGACAAAAACCUCGACAUGAAAGGAGGUGACAUCAGUCCACAGCCAGAUCAGAGGACUGCAUCGUGGGAAACCCCGUUCCCUCUCACAGAGAAGGAAGAGGAAUACGAGCAGGGUGAAGAGGGUGAUGAAGAAGAGGAAAAGGGGAAGAGUGGUGAAAAGGAGAAUAAUACAACUGUGAAGAAGACGACAGAGGAGAUGCUGAAGCCCACCUCCUCCUCCUUAGCUCUUCCUCGCCCCAGUCCUCCUCCUGAACUUCCCGUCUGUGCCAAAAACAUUUCACUGACAGCAAGUGGAGAGAAAGUAAUCCUCUGGACCAGAGAAGCUGAUCGAGUCAUUCUGACGACGUGUCAGCAGGAAGGGGCCAGUCCGAACACUUUUCAGGCCAUCUCCAAUCUUCUUGGUAACAAGACUCCAAAUGAGGUUUCUCGCAGGUUUCGGGAUUUGAUGCGACUGUUUCGGACAGCAGCUCGUCAUGUCAGCUCAGAGGACGAAGCUCCGCCCACUGAGCCAACAGCAGCUAAUGAGACAUAGGACUGACUUAAAUAAAUCAGAAGUAAAUUCAGUAGGGUCAGAUUAGGGUAAGAUUCAGUAGGUCACAGAAGUGUUGACUGACCAUGGGAAAAAUAUUAUGAAGGUUCAGAAAAUUUUAUGUUUUAGUAAAAAUGUAACCAUCUUUUUUUAACAAUAAAUCAAUUUUCCAUCA